AUGUCCCAGGGGCUCAGGGGACCCGCAGGGGUAUUCCCUUACCAGACACGCCCCUGCUUGGACCCCAGCUAUGAGCAUAGCAGCUGGAGACACCUGCAGCCACGUGUGCCCGAGUCUUACCCCAGGAGUUUCCAGCUCCAACAGAUAGAGUUUCUUAAAGGCCGGCUCCCAGAAGCACCCUUGAUUGGACACCAGCCCCAGUCGCUGCCGCCAUUCUUCCCAGGACACUGGCCACGGUUCCCAGGGCCAUCUUCCCAAGGCAAGCAACUGGAAACCUGGGGUUUCCCCAAGAGAGUGACUCCUAGAAGUCAGGGCUUCCACAUAGGACUGCCACUUCCUCCCCCACACAGCACAAGUCUGCCAUGGAGAGAGGAUGAUAGACUUUGCUCGCACUUCCAGGAGCUGAGCAUCAGUCAGAAUCCAGAGCAGAAGAUCCUAGGCCGCCUGGAGGAGCUUGGAGAGGGGCGGGCCAUCAGCGCUCAGGUACUAGCCAGAGAGCUCAGGGUCCCAAAGAAGGAGGUCAAUCGUGUAUUGUACUCCCUGGAGAGGAAGGGGAAGCUGCGUAGAGAAGUAGGAACUCCUCCUUUGUGGAGCCUUGCACCCCCACAUCAGGCUUGGACUCAGCCCCCUAAAACUGUGAAUCCAGACAGUUGUGGCCAGGAAGUCCCUCAAGAAGAACCUGGUUUGAGCAGUGAAGACGGGGACCCUGCCUCUGACUUAGAAGGACCCCUUGAGCUUCUUGACAUGGCGGAGAUCAAGGACAAAAUCUGUGACUACCUGUUCAAUGUGCCGAACUCCUCUGCCCUGAACCUGGCUAAGAACGUUGGCCUGGCCAAGGCCCGGGAUGUGAAUGCGGUACUGAUUGACUUGGAAAGGCAAGGCGAUGUCCACAGGCAAGGGGCCAUGCCUCCCACCUGGGACUUGACGGACAAGAAGCGGGAGAGGCUGCAGAUCAAGAGAAGUACACACAGUGUCCCAGCUGCUGUCCCAGAGGCCACCAGAAGCACCUCAUUCCCCAUCUGCCAUUCGCCCCCAUCGGGUGCCUCCAGCAGCAUGGCAACCCCCAAAAGAGUGGAGAAUGGCCAAGAACCUGUGACAAAGUAUGAAAGUAGGUAUGAGGCCAGACCAGGACCAGUGAGGCUGCGGCCACACGCUUAUCACAGUGGCCCCUCUAGAGCAGGGUAUGUUGACUCUGAAAACGGCCAGUGGGCCACAGAUGACAUCCCAGAUAACUUGAAUAGUAUCCACACAGCACCAGGUGAGUUUCGAGCCAUCAUGGAGAUGCCCUCCUUCUACAGCCCUGUCUUGCCACGGUGUUCACCAUACAAGAAGCUGACUGAGUGCCAGCUGAAGAACCCUGUCAGCGGGCUGUUAGAGUAUGCUCAGUUCACUAGUCAGACCUGUGAUUUCAACCUGAUAGAGCAGAGUGGACCGUCCCAUGAACCUCGAUUUAAAUUCCAGGUUGUCAUCAAUGGCCGAGAGUUUCCUCCAGCUGAAGCUGGCAGCAAGAAAGUGGCCAAGCAGGAUGCAGCAAUGAAGGCCAUGGCGAUUCUGCUUCGGGAAGCCAAAGCUAAAGACAGUGGAAAACCAGAAGAAUUAUCCCCCUGUCCCAUGGAGGAGGACUCAGAGAAGUCAGCAGAGUCCCAGACCUCCAGCUCCUCAGCAGCACCCUUGCUCUCUGGGAAGAGCCCAGUGACCACGUUGCUCGAGUGUAUGCACAAGCUAGGGAACUCCUGCGAAUUCCGUCUCCUGUCCAAAGAAGGCCCUGCCCAUGACCCCAAGUUCCAGUACUGUGUAGCAGUCGGAGCCCAGACUUUCCCCACUGUGAGUGCCCCCAGCAAGAAAGUAGCGAAGCAGAUGGCCGCAGAGGAAGCCAUGAAGGCUCUGCAGGAGGAGGCAGCCAAUUCAGCUGAUGACCAGUCUGGAGGUGCGAACACGGAAUCACUCGAUGAGUCUGCGGCACCUAACAAGAUCAGGAGGAUUGGUGAGCUCGUGAGGUACCUGAACACCAACCCCGUGGGUGGCCUGUUAGAGUAUGCCCGCUCCCAUGGCUUUGCUGCUGAGUUCAAGCUGAUUGACCAGUCUGGACCUCCUCAUGAACCCAAGUUUGUUUACCAAGCGAAAGUCGGGGGCCGCUGGUUUCCAGCCGUGUGUGCACACAGCAAGAAACAAGGCAAGCAAGAUGCAGCCGACGCAGCCCUCCGUGUCUUGAUCGGGGAGAGCGAAAAGGCAGAGCAGUUGGGUUUCGCAGAGCUUCCUCUCACUGGUAGCACCUUCCACGACCAGAUGGCUAUGCUGAGCCACCGAUGCUUCAAUGCUCUCACCAACAGUUUCCAGCCCUCCCUGCUCGGCCGCAAGAUCCUGGCUGCCAUUAUCAUGAAGAGAAGCGCUGAGGACAUGGGUGUUGUAGUCAGUUUGGGAACAGGGAAUCGCUGUGUGAAAGGGGACUCGCUCAGCCUGAAGGGAGAGACGGUCAAUGACUGCCAUGCAGAGAUCAUCUCCCGGAGGGGCUUCAUCAGGUUUCUCUACAGUGAGCUCAUGAAGUAUAACCAACAUACUGCCAAGAACAGCAUAUUUGAGCUUGCCAGGGGAGGAGAGAAGCUCCAGAUAAAAAAGACAAUUUCUUUUCAUCUCUACAUCAGCACGGCGCCAUGUGGAGACGGAGCCCUCUUUGACAAAUCCUGCAGCGACCGUGCUGUGGAAAGCGCAGACUCCCGCCAUUACCCUGUCUUUGAAAAUCCCAAGCAAGGCAAGCUUCGCACCAAGGUGGAGAACGGGGAAGGCACAAUUCCUGUGGAGUCCAGUGACAUUGUUCCCACGUGGGAUGGCAUCCGACUUGGGGAAAGACUCCGUACCAUGUCCUGUAGUGACAAAAUUCUACGCUGGAAUGUGCUGGGCCUGCAAGGGGCACUGUUGACUCACUUCCUUCAGCCUGUGUACCUGAAAUCUGUAACACUAGGUUACCUUUUCAGCCAAGGGCACCUGACCCGUGCCAUCUGCUGCCGUGUUACCAGAGAUGGGAAUGCAUUUGAGGACGGGCUCCGCUAUCCCUUUAUUGUCAACCACCCCAAGGUCGGCCGAGUCAGCGUGUAUGACUCCAAAAGGCAGUCUGGAAAGACCAAGGAGACAAGUGUCAACUGGUGCUUGGCCGAUGGCUACGACCUGGAGAUCCUGGAUGGCACCAGAGGCACUGUGGAUGGGCCAGGGAAGGAGUUGUCUCGGGUGUCCAAGAAGAACAUUUUCCUUCAGUUUAAGAAGCUGUGCUCCUUCCGUGCCCGGAGAGAUCUACUGCAGCUCUCCUACGGAGAGGCCAAGAAAGCUGCCCGAGACUACGAGUUAGCCAAGAACUACUUCAAGAAAAGCCUGCGGGACAUGGGCUAUGGGAACUGGAUCAGCAAACCCCAGGAGGAAAAGAACUUUUAUCUCUGUCCAGUGCCCAAUGACUGACAGUGGGGCAUGUUUCCCACAGGGUCAGAGGGAGUCUGUGGCAUUCCUCAUCACAUUGGGCCAGAGUUUGGGGGCUUUUGUUUUUCUUAAACCCUACCCUCCCCCCUUAUUUUCAAUGGAGGAACCAUGAUAGAUGGUACCAAGACCUUUGGUUCCCAUUUAUCCCACUCGCUUUGGGAUUUCGAGGUGGGGUCUGGCCAAACCUCCCCGCACCCUUUUCCCAAGCAAAAAGUCAGAGGUUCAAAGCAGAGGGGCACUUGUUCCCCGUGUGGCAUAGCCAGUCCCUGAUUCCCCGCACCUGGUCCCUCCAGUUUAGUUUUGUGGAGUUGUAUCUCCUUUUUGUUUGCUACACUGACCUCUUGUGGAUUUGAUUACAUUCCCAUCAGUUCUCUGUAAAUCAUGUCGGGGACUCAUGAUGGCACCUCUGUAGACCUGUAGGCCCCUAGUCUUCCCUCCCAGAAUUCCUUCCCGUGAUGAGGUUUCUCCUUCCCACCCCAGAGGGGGAAGAGUUACAUAAAGGAUUGAUGACAUGUUUACAAGAACAGGAGCUGAAAACUGAUCAGGGGUUGUAGGGCAAUGGGAAUGUGGUAGAAUGGUUGGGACAGGCAGCCCUGCCCAACAACAGGCUGUGCUGGCCAGCCAGGGAACUUGCUUCCUGGGCACGGGAAAGUUGAGAACCAGAUGUGGAACUGAGAAGGUGCCCAAGCCAAGCCGGUGCCCCAGUGGGGGCCCACAGAGCCCUAGCCAGGGUACAGCAGCAUUCCUUGGAAUGUAGCCACACUCCUGUCUGCCCUCUGUAAAGCGUUCCCAGAGUCUGGCUCUGUCCACAUGGAGUAUCUGUGUGAAGAGCUGAGGACAAGUCACGGUCAUCUUUGUCCGGACCGAGAAGGGAUGAAUGCAAAGCAUCCUGGUCCACUUGGGAUUCUUCUCAUAGCACUGUUAUCAGCAGAAGUUGACAAAGCCUUGCAUAAAAUGAAUGUUUCUAGAAGGCCAGAGAUACUGAUUCUGGACUGCAUUACAGACUUGAGAGACAAAUAUAUUUUUUCAUUAGUGAAUGUACUUUCAUUUUACCAGAUGGCUUCAGAAGCUGAUUCAUGGGCGGGCGCAGGGCACCGCGAUCUCCUGACCUGCCCCGCCCCUUUGGGAAUCUUGAUAUAUAUAUAUAUGUACCACAGUGUUGAAGGUGACAGGGCACACUAGCCCCCCACUCUGGGGUGGGUUCCUCUGACUCCUCCUCCCCCUAACACUGAAUUGUGGGUGUGUAAGAGCCUUAGCCUCUGUACAGAGUCUGGCUCUAGCACCAAGUCAGCCAGACAGCUAGACCCCGCUCCAUUCUGCUCCACAGGACCAAACCCAUGCCUUUCCUCUGAAUGGCGUGGCUCUGUCUAGGAAUAGCUGUAUCAGCGGUUUCCUGCACUCCCUUGCUCACCCUCAGUGCUGGCUCCCACAUCCUCUGGCCCACUGCCAGCAGCAACCAUAUCAUAUUCACACUUUGAUUCUAAUGGCUGCUGUCUCAACCUAUGAUCAGACCUGUGUCUUAGCAAUACACUGGGGAUGUAUUGUUUGCACAACACCAAAUUAUCCUAUGGAACUGCUAGUAUCUGCAGUGGUGUGUGUUGUCAGCCGUGGCAUGUUACACCCGACACCUGCAUCUGACUGAGGCAGAGCGGCCAGGGACUUUUCUCCAUUGAUUCCUUUGGUCCCUCUGGUCCUUCCCGGGUAUUCAUUUAAAGCAGCAGAUAGAUCCACUUCAGCAGCUUCUUCCUCAGCCAGGCACGCGGGCUCUCCAGUCCAGAGCCCCACCCUUACCCUCAGACCCUGCCUAGCAAACUGUGGUUCCCGGUUUCCGCAGCUGUUCCUAUGGGCCUGCUGAAGUGAACCACUGGCACACACCCUGCCUCUGGGCCCCUGGUCAGAGGGGCAGAGCUACCACCACGUUUUCUUCACUUUUGUGUGUGACCUUCAUUUUAAGAAACGGCCUUCCCUCCUCCUCCUCGCUGCUUCUUACUGAUUUCCGUAGUUGACUUGUCUGAGCUGUGACUGUCCUGCAUUCUUUGAAUAAUCACGUGUAAGAAUUGUCAAUGCCUGAAACUAUUUCCUGUACUCAAAUUGAAGGGAUUUUUGCUGGCCUUGGGGUUUUGGCAGUGACUCCAAGACAGAAUGGAGAAGGGCCCAGGCCUAGCCUUGGUGCUGUGACGGAUGCAGUCCUUCUUGUGUCCCUUAACAGAUUGCAGUAUACAUUCCUCAGAAAUAAACCCACUGAAGCAACAGGA